CUUAUUCUAAAGACGUCAACAAACGUGUGAACUUCUUCUUUUUCGCGAUUUUCAUGAAAAUCACUGGAAAUUCAUAUUAAUUUGCAAUGAUUUAUGUGCAGAAGUGUUGUAAUUGAAGUUUCUUUGUGCUAAAAGUGAAAGACAUUGCUGGAAAACAGAGAAUUUGAAUUGAUAGAGAUUCAAACAACGGAACAUAACCUCAAAAUGUCUUACUUCAAUCGUGGAGGUGAAAAUGGGGCUUUUCAUUUGGAUGCAAAUGAGCUGAAAUUCGCCGCAUUUACAUCGGAGGAGGUGAAGAAGUUGAGCAAGGUGAAGAUUUUCACGGCUCUGACAAUUGACCGGCUUGGUUUGGCUCUCUCCGGUGGGCUGUACGACCCACGAAUGGGGCCCUAUGACAGCGAUGCUGAUGUGUGCCAGACGUGCUCCCGGCCUUUUGCCCUUUGUGAGGGGCAUUUGGGGCACAUUGAUCUGUGUAUGCUGGUGUACAAUCCCCUCUUCAUCCAGACAAUUUAUAGCCUCCUCCGUGUGAGCUGCUUGUCCUGCCAUCAGCUUCAGCUGAGCCAACAUGUGCGCAGUGUGGUUGAGCUGCAGCUGUGCCUUGUUGAUGCGGGCUACAUCAUUGAGGCGCAAGAGUUGGAAUUCCUCAAAUCCGAAGCAGCUGCCAAUGCCACAGAGGCACGCGUGAAGCUCGAAAAUGGCGAUAGUGUCCAUCCGAAGAUUGCGGAAUUCCGGGAAUUGCUUCAACGUAGCCCCGUGAAUCACUACCACAACAAGAACACAGAGGAACUCCGGCUGAGCAUUAUUUCGUCCACAAUGAAGAUGGGACUCCGGAAGUUCUGUCUUCACUGCAAACAACCCCUGAAGAGAGUUAAAUACUCCUACAAAACUCUCAUGAUGAGCGUCUCCAAGAAUGAGAUGAUUCACUUCUAUCAAAGCCAGGCGGACACGGUGUCCCAGGAGGAGAUGCAGAAGCGCAUAAAGAUGUCAAAUAAGGCAAUUCUGGCGGAUGAAUGUCGCGAAUACUGCCGGAAAAUCUACGAGAGUCACCCCGAAUUCUUCCUGCUGCUCUACCCAAUCCUCCGCACUGUCUCCGCAUCAGCUGCAACGCCCUUUGAUAUUUUCUUCACAAACUGCAUCGCUGUGACACCCCCAAAAGUCCGUCCAGCAGGGCGUGUCAAUGGGCGGAUUAUUGAGCAUCCACAGACGGAGAUCUACAAGAACAUUCUCAAAGCGAAUAUCACUCUGAAGGCCAUCUUGGACUUCAACCCAGAGCAGGAGGGACAGAGCAAGGAUGCCACGUUCCUGUAUGAGAGCUCAAAGGGGCAAUCAAAGUACGAGAAGCUGUACAAUGCAUGGCGUGAGCUGCAAUCGCACGUGGAUGAGACGUUGGACAUUAGUAUGAGUCAGAAUCGCAAAGCCGUCGGAUUGGGGCUGAAGCAGAUCUUGGAGAAGAAGGAGGGUAUCAUAAGGAUGCACAUGAUGGGAAAGAGAGUGAACUACGCAGCACGCACGGUGAUCACACCCGAUCCGAAUGUGGACGUCGACGAGGUUGGGAUUCCGGAAAUCUUCGCCAAGAAACUCACUUAUCCCAUUCCCGUGACACACUGGAACAUCAAAGAUGUCCGGAAGUACGUCAUGAAUGGCCCCGAUGUCUAUCCGGGGGCGAAUUUCAUCGAAGACGAUCGCGGGAAGUUGCUCAUCCCACCCAAUGACCCCACACGAAGGCAGGCAAUGGCCAAACUCCUCGCAACCCCGUCAAUUCAUCACAGUGUCCAAGUGGUGCAUCGGCAUCUCCUCAACAAUGACAUCCUGCUGCUGAAUCGACAACCAACCCUCCAUCGGCCGAGUAUCAUGGCCCACAAGGCGAGGAUUCUGCGUGGCGAGAAGACCUUCCGGCUGCACUAUUCCAACUGCAAGUCCUACAAUGCUGACUUCGAUGGGGAUGAAAUGAAUGCGCACUGCCCGCAGAAUGAGCUGGGCCGCAGUGAGGCGUACAACCUCGUCAAUGUGCCCAAUCAGUAUCUUGUCCCAAAGGACGGGACACCCCUGGGGGGCCUCAUUCAGGAUCACAUCAUUUCCGGUGUGCGCCUUACGAUGCGUGGGAGAUUCUUCACACGAGAGGAAUACUAUCAGCUCGUCUUUCAAGGUUUGAGUCGCCAACGUGGCACUUUGACUCUCCUUCCACCCACAAUACUGAAGCCUCGUGUACUGUGGAGUGGAAAGCAGGUCCUUUCCACGAUAAUUCUCAAUAUAAUCCCUCGUGGAAAGGAUCCAAUUUGCCUCACGUCGACGUCAAAAAUAAGCGCCGGCGCCUGGAGUACUGCAAAGCCGCGCAAAUGGAAGGCCGGCGGUACACCGAUUUUGGAUAAUUCCAUGACAGAGGCGGAAGUGGUGAUCCGUCGUGGGGAACUACUUGUGGGGAUCCUUGAUAAGAUGCACUACGGUUCGACGGCGUAUAGUUUGGUGCAUUGUAUGUUUGAACUGUAUGGGUCGGAGUACUCAACGCGCCUGUUGAGCUCCUUUGCGCGCCUCUUCACGUACUUCCUGCAGUGGGAGGGCUUCACACUGGGCCCCAAGGAUAUUGUUGUCCUUGCGGAUGCAGACAAGCAGAGGACGUCAAUCAUUGAGGAGAGUCGCAAGAUUGGGACGGCAACAGCAGCGGAAGCCCUGAAUUUGCCCACUGACAUCACACCGGACGAACUGGCCGUGAAGAUGGAUGAGGCCUUUCACAGUGACCCCAAAUUUCGCGCCAUUAUGGAUCGACAAUUCAAAUCGGCUCUCGAUCAGUUCACAAACAACAUCAACAAGUGCUGCAUCCCUACGGGGUUGGUUACCAAAUUCCCCGAUAAUAAUUUGCAGCUCAUGAUUCAGUCGGGAGCAAAGGGAUCAGCUGUCAAUGCAAUGCAGAUUUCCUGUCUUCUGGGGCAGAUUGAGUUGGAGGGUAAACGGCCACCGCUUAUGGUGUCCGGGAAGGCUCUCCCGAGUUUUCCCUUCUUCGAAACUUCACCCAAAUCCGGUGGCUUCAUUGAUGGGCGCUUCUUAACGGGCAUUCAACCGCAGGACUUUUUCUUUCACUGCAUGGCUGGUCGUGAAGGUUUGAUUGAUACAGCUGUUAAGACAAGUCGUUCAGGGUACCUCCAGAGGUGCCUUAUAAAGCAUCUUGAGGGUUUGAAUGUGAACUACGACUACACAGUGCGGGAUAGUGAUGAUUCAGUCGUACAGUUCUUGUACGGGGAGGAUGGCCUUGAUAUUGCCAAGAGUCAGUUUUUCAAGAAGAAACUGAUGUCCUUCCUUGAUGACAAUGCAAGCAUUGUGGGUGACAAGAGGGUGUUGUCGGAGCUGCGACAGGACGAAGAGAUAAUUGAGAGUGUGCAGAAGUACGUGAAGAGCAUUAAGUCGUGGGAGAAGCGCAAUAAGAACGCCCCAGCAAAGCGAAGGGUGUCGCCCUUCUUGAAUUUCUGUCAAAAAUUCCGUGAGAGUGAGGCCGUAAAGAAUGGCAAUCAAGUGGUGAAUGGGCGACGACGGGCAGAUGCAAAGGCGUGCAGUAGGUGGCAGAAAAUGUCAGAAGAUGAACGCCGGGACUACCACAGUAAGACGUCUGAGCGACGUCCUGAUCCGGUUGUGUCAAAAUUCCUCCCAGGGGCUUGCUUUGGCUCCAUCACGGAGACAAUGCAGCAACUAAUACGUGACUAUGGGCGUGAGAAUCCGACGCGUAGGAAGGAAUUUACGGAAAUUAUGCAUCUGAAGGCGAUGCAGGCGGUGGCCCCACCGGGAGAUCCAGUUGGACUCCUUGCUGCCCAAUCUAUUGGUGAACCAUCAACUCAGAUGACACUGAACACCUUCCAUUUUGCCGGGCGUGGUGAGAUGAACGUCACACUCGGUAUCCCACGUCUCCGGGAAAUCCUCAUGUUGGCAUCGAAGAACAUCAAAACCCCCUCAAUGGAUAUUCCCUUCAAGCCUCAUCCAAAGUUAGAAUCAGUGGCUGAGAAGUUGCGUAUAAAACUCGGACGUGUAACAGUCUCAGACGUCUUGGAGUACAUCAACGUCAAAUGCCGUCUUGUCUUACGCCCUCAGCGUGUGUGGGAGUACAAGCUGCUCUUCCGUUUCCUUCCACACGAUGGCUACAGCAAUGACUUCUGCGUGCGGCCAAAGCAAAUUCUCAAGUUUAUGAGUAAGAAAUUCUUCAAAUUAAUGUUCCGUGGGAUUGUGAAGUUGUCCAAGGAGAAGAACUCCGUAAUUGACUUUGGGGAGGAGAAAGGAAAGAAGGGGCAACAGGCUGAAAAGGAGAAUGAUGACAUUGACUACGCUGAACCGGAAGAGAAGGACACGGGGGCGGCAACAAGACGCGAUGAAGGUGAAGAGAGUUCAGACGAAGAACUAAUGGACGAUGCAGAUGCAACAGAAGCCAAUCGGAAAAAUAAGCAAGCAGAUCAGAGGGACUACGAUGAACCAGAUGAUGAUGAAGAGAAGCAGGAUGCAGAUGCUGAUGAAAAUGAAGAAAUCGAUGAGGAUGAGGAAAAGAAGCUUCUCGAGGUGGGUGAGGAGGAUCUGAAGGAAGACGAAGAGACGGCUAAUGUGAUUGAGAGUAAUGAAUUUACGGAGUCCUAUCGGUAUGACAAAGAGAAUCAUUUGUGGUGCGAACUAGUCUUCCAUUUACCCGUGAAGUUCAAAACACUCGAUCUCACGGCAAUGCUGCGUGAAGUUGCACGAAAGGCGGUUAUUUGGGAGGUUCCGCUCAUCAGUCGUGCCAUCACGUACAACCAAAAUGAGCAGCUGAUGCUGAAGACUCAGGGAAUUAACAUUGUGGAGAUGUUUCAGUACAACAAACUCCUCGAUCUGGAUCGUCUCUACUCCAAUGACAUCCAUGCCAUUGCUCAAACGUACGGGAUUGAAGCUGCUGGCAGGGUGAUUGUUAAAGAGGUGCAAAAUGUCUUCAAAGUUUACGGCAUUACGGUUGAUCCGCGGCAUCUUUUCCUCAUCUCCGACUACAUGACCUUCAAUGGGAACAUCUCAGCGCUCAGUCGGAAGGGCAUGGAAACGUCUGUUUCGCCGCUGCAACAGAUGUCCUUUGAAUCCUGCAUGCGCUUCCUCAAGGCGGCCACAAUAUCCGGCUGUACGGAUAAUCUCAGCUCACCGUCGAGUCGUCUUAUUGUGGGGCAACCGUGCAAGAGUGGAACAGGAGCGUUUGUCCUGCUAAACGACAAUCGUGCCUUCCUGUCGAACUUUAAGCGGAUCCCCAAAGAGGAAGUUGCUGCGCACUGAACAAGCUGAAAUUAUUUUGAUUUUUUUGUCUUUGUUAAUCCCUUUUUAUGAAUUUAACCAAUAAAAUGAAUUUAUUGAACUUCAAA